UUGAAACAAAAAUACCUCUCUUAAACAAAGAUUAAGGGUGUUUCAAGAACAUCCUUCACUUGAAGUAAACAAAGACUUGGGUUUGGUCUCAAAGGUUACUUGCAAGGCAUAAUUAAAAAGCGUAAAGAAGCUUUUCUCUCACCUCUCUUAUAUAGCCUUUACGUACUUGAAUCUCAUCAUUAAUCUUUCUUCCAUCAGAAAAGAUUUCCCCAAAAUCAGAGAAAAGCAUAGAGGAUGAACAAAGGAAAAAGCUUCAAAGAUAUGGAGAUCAAUGUUGUUGAUGAAGAUCAUCAAGGAAGUGCUCAAGAAGAGAUCGAGAAGCCACUUCUAGAAGAAGACAAAGACUUCCCCGAUAUAGAAAGAACAACAUGGAUACAAAAGGCAAUAGGUCAAACGUUUCAAACCACAGCUCAUUUAGCUAAUCUCUUACCAACAGGAACGGUUCUAGCGUUUCAACUCUUAUCUCCAAUUUUCUCAAACGGCGGUCAAUGCGAUUUGGUUAGCGAGAUCAUGACAUCGGUUCUGGUGGCAAUAUGUGGAUUCUCUUGUUUCAUACUUAGCUUCACGGAUUCUUACAAAGACAAGAACGGUACUAUAUGCUACGGGUUUGCAACAGUCCACGGGUUUUGGAUCAUUGAUGGAUCGGCAACGCUUCCCCAAGAGUUAUCUAAGAAAUAUAAACUAAGGUUUAUAGAUUUUGCGCAUGCUUUCAUGUCGUUAUUGGUGUUUGGUGCGGUGGUUUUAUUCGAUCGGAAUACGGUGAAUUGCUUUUUUCCGGCACCGUCAGCUGAAGCGUUGGAGGUUCUCACGGCGUUGCCGGUAGGCGUGGGGGUGUUUUGUAGUAUGUUGUUUGCAUCAUUUCCCACAACACGCAAUGGUAUUGGUUUUCCAGUUCCUGGUAACAAAUGAUUUUAAUAUAUUUUUAUUUAUUUGUAAUUUAUUCUCUAUGCUUUAACUUGUUUGAUCAAGAUUCUUUCUUUUGAUGUUCACUUUGAAAAG